CAUCUCUCUUUUCUUCAAUAUUCAUUCUCAAACCUUGCUUGAAUGUUUCCUUGAAACUCUUUAGGUUUGAAUUCUUAUUAUUAUUCUUUUCUUUUGAGACUUCAAAAAAGUUGGCUCGUAAUUUUUUAUUUUGUAAAACAAGACUUGGUCUCUCUCACAAACACGUUUGUUAUUCAAAUCUUGGUCUUUAGGACUAUUUCUAAAAUUUCUUUAUAUAUAAACCAAAAAAUUGUGUCAUACAUACUCUGUUCAAAUUCAUUAUUAUCACACAAAUUUUUUUUUCCAAUGAUGAGUUCUAUUUCUUCUGAAACACAACAAAAUAGGCCUUCUUUGAUGACUAGAACGGCCAUGAGAAUAUCGAGAUCGAGAUGGUUCACAUUCUUGAGGAGAGUAUUUCACUACCAAAAUGGGCCGAGUUCUACUUCGUCAGAACUCGGCUCGAACCCUUUCAAUUCCAGCACCUGGAUGGGGCUGGAAUUGGUUGCAUUGGUGGUUCAAAUAACUAGCACGACUCUCACUCUUGCGAUUUCCAAGAGUGAGAGACCAAUUUGGCCUAUGAGGAUUUGGGUAGCUGGUUAUGACAUUGCUUGUGUCCUUAAUUUGUUGCUUCUUUGUGGCCGCUACCAUCAAAUUCAUGUCACCACUCAUAGAGAUGUUCUCAGCGAUUUGGAGCAGCAGAGAUACAAUAAUGGGGAUGCAAGUUUACAGAGAAGGGCACAUUUGAUGAACAAAUGCCGGAGUUCAUUGGAGCUUUUCUUUGCAAUGUGGUUUGUGAUGGGAAAUGUUUGGGCCUUUGACUCACGUUUUGGGUCAUUCCAAGAAGCCCCAAAACUCAAUAUUCUAUGCAUAAUUUUGCUCUCUUGGAAUGCAAUAUGCUACUCUUUCCCUUUCCUAUUGUUCUUGUUGCUUUGUUGCAUUGUCCCUUUGAUUAGUACCCUCCUUGGUUACAACAUGAACAUGGGAUCUAAUGCUAAGGGUGCCUCUGAGGAUCAAAUCUCACAGAUUCCAAGUUGGAGAUACAAACAAGUUCAUGAUCAUCAUGUCUUGGAUCAUUGCAAUCAUAAUGAUUGUUCUCAAACAUUCAUCAAUGAGGAUCAAGAGUGUUGUAUUUGCUUGAACAAGUACAAAGACAAAGAAGAAGUUAGGCAAUUGCCCUGUUUUCAUCUCUUCCAUAAAAAAUGUGUGGAUCAAUGGCUAAGAAUUAUAUCAUGCUGCCCUCUUUGUAAACAAGGAUUACAAAGGUAGCAAUAAUAGCAGCAGAGGCAAAUUAAACAAAAUUCAUCAAGAGAAGUUUUAAUAAUUUUAUUCCAUAUAUUAUUUCUUUAUUUGUUUUUUUUGGUCAUAUAUAUGUACACACUUUACACACGGGUUACUUGAGUGAGAAUUUACAUGUACAGAAGACGCCACCAGUAACCCCAUAUUGAAUUGAAUAUUUAAAAAUUGAGAUUGCAAGUAUAAAGCUUCUUGUCUUUUUUUUUUUUUUUAAUUUCACCAGACAUAUAUUGUACAAGCAUGAAGCAUCUCUUUGUAUUGAAUAAUGAAUCCUUC